AUGGGGAAAAUGCGGACGGUGUUACAAAAGCAGCUACUGGCGACACGCAGCGGUUCGCAGAGAUUUAUCGAUUUCAAUGAUAACAUGUAUCUUACCAAUAUCACUAUCGGAACGCCACCUCAGACAUUUACAAUUGUACCGGAUACUGGAAGCUCAAACCUAUGGGUGAUUUCGAAAGAAUGCAAAUUGCAGCGGUGUAAAGGAUACAGUGACCCCAAGCAUCGCUACGACUCGAGGUACUUCUAUUCGGCAUUAUGCAGUGGCAGCCUUAGUCAAUUCGUUUACCGCCAUUAG